CGUGCGGUUCGGGUUCGGGUUCGCAACUCGGAUACAGUCAACUAAAUGCAGCUAGCUCAAUGCAUUUAACUAUUGUCACAUAGCUGCCAGUUGCUUGGCCAGUUGCAAUCAAAUGAACGCAGUGUCCGGCGUCCAGUGCUCGUAGCAAUCGCUGGGCGGGCGAUUGGCAACGUUUCUGGAUUCGAUCGCGACCUCGCUGGCUAUAUACUUUAGUGUCGUCUGUGUGUUGCGUGUCAGUCAAGAAACGAGUUGAGGCGAUUGGCUAGCUUCAGUUCUGUGUCGCUGUUACCUUAGUCGUGACAUCGAAUUAUAAUAAUUAGCAUAUGGGGAUAUAUUGGCAGUUAAGCGGCUCUCGGCAUUCCAGCAAGUGGAAAUUUUGAAUGAAUAUAAACAAAAAAGCGCACAGUUGAAGGAAAAUUUCGAGCACAAACAUGUCGCUGGCAACAGAAUCACCUGCCAUCAAUCAGAACACGUCAGCAAUUAGCCAACUAUUUGGUGCCCAGCGCGAUCCCCUGGCCAUUGUGGUACCCGUCACGGUGGUCUACUGCCUCAUCUUUCUCACCGGCGUCGUCGGCAACAUCAGCACCUGUAUUGUGAUCAAGAAGAACCGCUCCAUGCACACGGCCACCAAUUACUAUCUGUUCUCGCUGGCCAUAUCGGAUUUCAUGCUGCUGCUCUCGGGCGUUCCUCAGGAAAUGUAUUUUAUUUGGUCCAAGUAUCCGUAUGUAUUCGGCGAAUACUUCUGCAUCGGCCGCGGACUGCUGGCCGAAACAUCCGCCAAUGCUACCGUAUUGACCAUAACAGCCUUUACCGUGGAACGCUAUAUGGCCAUUUGUCAUCCCUUCCUUGGCCAGGCCAUGAGCAAGCUGAGCCGCGCCAUUCGCAUCAUUUUCCUCGUCUGGCUGCUCGCCGUGCUCACGGCCAUACCGCAGGCGGCACAGUUCGGCAUCAAUAGUUACGGCGGCAUCGACAAGUGCGUUGUGGUGCGCGUGAUCGUGCAGCACUCGUUUCAGCUAUCGACGAUCAUCUUCUUUUUUGCACCCAUGUCCAUCAUAUUGGUGCUAUAUUUGUGCAUUGGCUUGCAUCUGUAUCGAUCGAGUGUCAUUGGCGGCGGAUCGACAGCUGCCUUUGGGGCGCCGAGCGGCGUGCGGGGCCAGAAGCAGCAAAUGAAGACGGUGCAAAGUGAUACGAUUCUCUAUCGCUAUGCCGGUUCCAGCUCGGCUUUGGCAAACAGCGCUGGGCAGCAGCUAAGCUCGGUGCGAGGGCGCCUCAAUCAUUAUGGCACGCGUCGCGUGCUGCGGAUGCUGGUUGCCGUUGUCAUCUGUUUCUUUCUGUGCUGGGCGCCAUUUCAUGCGCAGCGUCUGAUUGCCAUUUAUGCCCCAGCUCGGGGCGCCCAGCUGCACGAUCAGCACGAGCUGCUCUACACGGUGAUGACAUAUAUUUCGGGUGUGCUCUACUAUUUGUCCACCUGCAUCAAUCCGCUGCUUUACAAUCUGAUGAGCAACAAGUUUCGCGAAGCCUUCAAAGCUGUGCUGCUGGGCAAGAAGUACUCCAAGGGCUCGUUGAACUCUCGCCAUCAGCUGGAGUCGCGCCGCUUGCGACGCACCACAACCCUCAACUCGUCGUCGCAAACGCAACGAGAUUCCAGCGAGUCGAAGCACACGCUAAUGCAGGGUUUCGUUGAUUUGUCUACGUUUGUUGGGCUAGCGAUGGAGACGUGAAAACAAAUAUAUGUAUUUUGGAUUGGAAUCAUCGCAGUGCGCGUAAACAAAAUUUGUUUUUUUAUAUCGGCGAAUGGGAAUGGAAAUG